CUUUGUAAGAAAAGGACAAUGUGGAACAUAUUCCUGCAAACAACCUGACUCUGCAGACACAAGGAUGUCUUGGCCAAUUCUCUACGCUCAGUUAGUCGGAGCUAACCGCCACUCCACCAGCCUGGGCAAAGUCUGGCUCUCGGUGCUCUUUAUUUUCCGAGUCAUGGUGCUGGUUGUUGCCGCUGAGAGCGUCUGGGGGGACGAGCAGUCUGACUUCACCUGCAACACACUACAGCCCGGCUGUGAAAACGUCUGCUAUGAUCAGUUCUUCCCUGUUUCCCACAUCCGUCUGUGGUGUCUUCAGCUCAUCUUUGUCUCCACACCACCGCUCCUGGUCACAAUGUAUGUGGCCUAUCGGAACCAACGUGAUAGGAAGAGGCUCCUAGAGGGUUCAGGUAGAUCUAGUUUCCUCAGCAACAAAAGCCAAGAGGAAGAUUUGGACACUCUAAAGAGACGGAGACUCCCAAUAGCUGGCGCCCUCUGGUGGACGUACGCCUUCAGUCUGUUGUUCAGGCUGCUGUUUGAAGGAGGCUUCAUGUAUGCUCUAUACGUAGUGUAUGAUGGUUUCCAUAUGCCUCGACUGGUGCAGUGUGACCAAUGGCCGUGUCCUAACCUGGUGGACUGCUUCAUCUCACGGCCCACGGAGAAAACCAUCUUCAUCGUUUUCAUGGCCACCAUUUCCUCUAUCUGCAUGGUCCUCAACAUGGCUGAACUGUCAUAUCUUGUUGCCAAGGCUGUCACUAGGAGUCUCUGUGGUCAGAAGGAGAGAAAAAGAAGAUCCAGCAGAGAGAGGAUGCAUAAUAAGACAACUCAGAAACUAGUCUCAGUCUGAGGAAGACUUCCAAAGACUUUCAAGCUGAAUGAUUACAAGUGGUACUCAUAUGAAUGAUCAAGAACAUUUUUAAAUGCAACUCAAAAAGUGAACAUUUUCUAUGAUACUUAGUGUAACGUUCAAGGGGUGGAGAGAAUGGAAACUGUAUUUUUUUACAUGAUAUUGACAAGAUUGUAUGUUAAAACUUUAAUUCACUGAAUGCACUUGCGGUUUCCUA